AUGCGGCGUGGGAUGGGUCCGCGUCGUUCGGGCCCGGCGGCCCCCGCGGGCGGGAGGAAGAAAAAUAACGGGAAAAAAACGGCGAAAACGGCGAAAACAAAGAAAACGGUGACGCGGCGGAGCGAUAGCCUAGCGGUGGCCGCUGCGGCUGCAGCAGCUGAGCGGGCGGCGGCCAGGCAGGCGGCCGCGGAGGCGGUUCGCCGCGCCCGGCACCUGAAGGAGCUCUCCUGCGCGUCAGGUGCGGAGCGGGACCUGGAGGAACUGGUGUUCGGUGACAGCGUCAACGUGGAAGAGGAUGAAUUGCUGCAGUGCCUGGCUGGCCCUCAGCGGCUUAAUGCUCCAGAGUGGGAAACUCUCCAGAAGGACUCCAGUGAUUCAGAAGUAGAAAAGGAAGCAAAAGAUAAUUUACUGACAAAAAAGCCAGCCUGGGUGGAUGAAGAUGAUGAAGCAGAGGAAAAUGUUGAUAUGACCCAUAGGUAUAGGAGAGACUUCAUGAAAAGUGAUGCUGAGAAGACACUUACUAAGAAAAAGCUAAAAAGAAGGCUUGAAGAACAGUUUCAGCGAGCUAUGGGAGGAGUUCCUGCCUGGGCUGACUUGGAAAACAGGAAGAAAUCCAAAAAGACUGCAAGUGAUAGUGAGAGUGAUGAAGAUGAUGAUCUCCUGCGCAGGACUGGCAAUUUUGUGACAAAUUCAGAGUCCCUGCCAAGAGGUAUUUUGAAGAUGGGGAUCUGCUUGCCUGCUAAUCAGGAACGUUUUGCUGAUGGAAGACUGGCAACCGUGCAGUUUCAUCCAUCUGCUCAAGUAGUCAUGACUGCUGGACAUGAUCGAUCCGUGUCGCUCUUUCAGGUUGAUGGUAUAAAGAAUCCAAAAAUACAGAGCAUCUACUUAGAGAGUUUUCCAAUUUAUAAGGCUUGCUUCAGUGUUGAUGGAGAGCAUGUUAUAGCCACUGGUACUCACCACAGAAUGUUCUUUGUGUAUGACAUGAUGAGUGGAAAUAUCAUUCCUAUACAGAAAGUAAGAGGUGUGGAGGAAAGAUUCCUCAGAAGCUUCGAACUCUCUCCAGAUGGAUCAUUCAUGCUUGUAACUGGAACUUCAGGCUACCUUCACUUGUUGUCAAUGAAGACAAAGGAGCUGAUUAGCACUAUGAAAGUAAAUGGAAGAUGCACUGCAUCAGCUUUCACUCCAGACAGCAGUAAAGUAUAUAGCUAUUCAAAGGAAGGCGAAGUUUUCAUUUGGGAUGUGAGAAGCAGAAAGUGUCUACACAAAUUUGAAGAUGAAGGCUCUUUGGAAGGGAAGUGCAUCGCUCUUUCAAAAAAUAACCAGUAUGUGGCAUGUGGUUCAGCUUCUGGAGUUGUAAAUUUAUAUACUACCGAUGGCUGUCUCAAAGAACGCCGUCCUAAGCCAGUCAAAGCCAUAAUGAACCUUGUUACAUCUGCUACGUGUGUGACCUUCAAUCCCACCACAGAAAUCCUGGCAGUGGCUUCCCGUGAAACCGAUGAGGCUGUCAAACUGGUACACAUUCCUUCGUAUACUGUAUUCUCAAACUUCCCAGUGUUCAGAAGAAAACAGAUUUAUCUUGCUCAAUCUAUGGACUUUUCUCCCAGAAGUGGCUAUUUCUCUAUAGCAAAUAACAAAGGCAAAGCUUUGUUAUUUAGUUGUAAAGGCAGAAUGAAGAGCAUUGUUGGAGGGAGGGUGGCUGAGUGCUGGCACACAUUGCUCAGGCUGUGGAGACUCCAUCCAUGGAGAUACUCAAAAGCCAUCUGAACAUGGCUCAGGGCAGCUGUCUCUUGCCCUUCUUUGAGCAGAGGCUGAAACAUUAUUCAGAUUUUUAGAAGAUACAGGAGAAGAUGAACCAGAAACUGAGGUACAAGCAUUAAAACUGUGACAACGUUGUCUUGAGGAACCUUAGUUUGAUUUUGCUACCUCCACUCCUUUAUAGCUGGCAGUAAGAAUUUCUUUAUACUGAGUAAUCCGAAACUGUUCUGUCUGGAGCACUCAUGGAGUGGGCUCCACAUGAUGGGCAGGAGUGAGGGUUGUCUUCUCCAUCUCUGCUUUUCCAAUAAUACUUUUACAGGGAGUUGGUAGUUCAACUAAACUGCUGCUCAGUCCUGUUGACAACAGUGUUAAAAAUCUUAACAUAUUUAACUCAAACUCAUAGGCACUGCUGUUAAAAAGAGCUGUAGGCUGGCAGAUACUUGGCUUGAUCCUGUUCUGAAGUCGUGAGACCACGCUCACUUUCCAGCUUAGGUUACAUAAAUUACUGAAGUUUGAAUCAUAGUUUGUGUGCAGACAGGAUUUUAUUGUACUCUUCUUGGGAAACUGGAAAGACCUGGAGCCUUGACAGUAACACAGUAGUUCUGUUAGACCCCAAAAUGUGUUAAUGAUUGAAAGCUAAACUCGGUCAGACUGGAAGCACGUCUUCUGCAUGUUAAGCUUGUGUAAAAUGUUGUGAUGGCUAACUGGCAGAUACUGACUAAAUUCUCUGUACUGAUCUUCCCCUAGGUGUUGUAACCUGCAGAUGUGUGUGCUGGCAAAAUCAAACAAGUUAUUUUUUUAUUUUAUAUGGAAGCUAAAAAAAAAUAAAUUAAUAGAACAUGUCUUUUUUGAAUGUUUUUCCUUAAUAAAUGUACCUGAUAAAUUUU